UUGCUCAAUUUCCAAGUGUUCUACAAAAAGAGCAAUACGAGGAUAUUUAUCAAGUGUGGGAAAGUUUAUCGAUAAUGGAUACCCGAAGAGAAAUGGAGACUGCCGACGGACAAGAAAUUGACGAACGUAUGCAAAUAGCGGCGGUGAUCGGCGGAGAAACGGCGACAACAAGAAGAAAAGGAACAGUUGGUAAUCGGGAAGGGACAAAUGAUGGGGGACAAAGAUUCGUUGAAGACCUAGACAAGGGAAAGGUCGACGCUGGAACUGGUUCUGUAAGAGACACGUGGCAAAUGCGACUGAAAGGAGUUUUCAUUGCGGUUACUGUAAUCACCCUAUCAUACAAUAUUUUAGCAGCGAGCACACCCCGUCCGUCUCGAUUCUCGGUCAUCACGAAAAUGGCACCCGCGUACUGCCGACUCAAUUUGCCUGCGAGACUCCAGAAUUUGAUACUUGAUAAACACAAUGAAAUUCGCUCGCAAGUGGCUUUGGGACAGUAUGCUGUUGAUGAUGAUUAUCUUCCUCCGGCGGAUAAUAUGGUUAAAUUGGAUUGGGAUUGUGAACUCGAAUUGGAGGCUCAACAACGUGCUCAACAAUGUAAUUUGCAAAAGGAGAAUUCGGGUCGACAAAUGAAUGGAUGGGACGAGGUUCGCGGCGAAAAUGCCUUCUAUUUCCGGACCACCGAUGGAUUGGACGUUUCGGGGGCCGUUUUGAAAGGAAUCCAGAGAAUGGGUGAUGAGAUUGCAAUUGCGGGGAUCAAGAACUUGAAGCUUUCACGGUACGAUAGUCGGAUUGGACACGCGACACAGAUCCUAUGGAAAGAGACACGAAAACUGGGAUGCGCGGUACAAGAGUGCCCGGCUCGACAAGAUGGCUCACUCGACGGACAGAAAUACAAUGUGGCUGUCUGCAAAUACUAUCCCACUGGAAACGUGUUCAAAUCCUCCACACCAACCUCAAUCUACUCAGUUGGUGACGUUGCAAGUGCCUGCUCCGAAGGAACCUUUGGGGAUCCGUCAACCGGACUUUGUGUGGCUGCCACGUGGCAAGAAGGGUCUAAGGAAAAGUGAACUGAGGGUGUGAAGAGAGAAUUAUAAAGCAGUUCUCAAGAGACGGAAAA